GCUGCGAUACUUCAGCAAUCUCGUUUCUUACAUGUAUAUGUGAGUGCGAUCUGGCCUUACUGUCAUGAUUGCGUCCGCUCCCGGAACCGGUGGGAGCAGCACUCCGGACUCUGCAGAUUUCGGCCGCGCUGGUACCCCGGAAUUAGGCGAUGAGCUAAGCGAGCUUGUUCCCAUGCUUGAUUCAGUUCAUUUGGCCCCGCACAAAAAAAGCUCUCUGGUCGGAUCCUCGUCUCCCUUGGACGCGAAGAAGGUCAAGGUGACGGUUCAACGUCCUGGCGAUCAGAAAGCCUACCAGUGCGGCCCGAAUCAACGAAAGACCAAGAAAACCGAUUCGGAUGCUUUAAAGGAAAUCAACCGAUGUCGAGAAGAGACCACCACACGUCUGGACUUAUCCAAAGGUCAAUUACACUCACUGCCGACAAGUAUUCGAGACCUGGCCGGUCACCUAAAGGAGCUUUACCUUUACUCUAACAAACUGGUCAGUCUACCAAACGAAAUCGGCUGUCUUCCGCUACUGGAAAUCCUCAUGCUCCAGGAGAACUCGCUCAGCCGUCUUCCAGACAGCCUUGCACAGUGCACAAAUUUGCGUAUGCUGGACAUCCGGCACAACAAACUGUGCGAAAUCCCACCCGUGGUCUACACUCUGGUCAAUCUUACCCACCUACUCAUGCGUUUUAACCGCAUUCGGGUUGUGGAUGAAGAGAUUUCCAACCUCAGUAAGCUACAAGUCCUCAGCUUACGAGAGAAUAAAAUUCGCAGUUUACCCUCGGACCCAGGCAUUGCUGAAUUGACGCAGUUAAUCACGCUGGACGUAUCCCAUAACCAUCUGGAACAGCUUCCUGACAAAAUUGGCAAAUGUCAAAAGUUGAGCACUUUGAAUGUACAACACAACGAACUCCGCUCAUUGCCCGACAGCAUCGGUGAUUUGAAACUCCUCGAACGUGUUGGACUGAGGUACAAUCAUUUAGAAUGUCUCCCGGCUUCAAUGGCACAAUGUAACAAUCUUUUGGAGCUCAACAUCGAGGGAAACAACAUUUGGCAGCUACCGGAUGGCCUGCUGACACAAUUGAAGAAGCUAUCCAGCUUAGCAUUAUCGCGCAACUAUUUUAACGUGUUUCCCCUCGGGGGUCCACAACAAUUCACUUCUGUGCAAUCCUUGAAUAUGGAUCACAACCAAAUUACAAAAAUCCCCUUUGGUAUAUUUUCAAGGGCCGCCCAUCUGUCCAAAUUGAACAUGAGGGACAAUCAGCUGUCUUCUCUACCGCCAGACAUUAAGAGUUGGGUCAGUUUGACCGAACUCAACCUGGCAACCAACCAAAUCACCAAAAUACCAGACGACAUCGAGUACUUGAUCAACCUGGAAGUCCUCAUUUUGAGCAAUAAUCAGCUCAAGCGUCUACCAACCACAAUUCAAGAGCUCCGGAAGCUACAAACCCUGGACUUGGAGGAAAACCAUUUGGAGUGCUUACCUUUAGAGAUUGGUCGGCUUAGUGAACUUCAACGGCUCGUGGUGCAGUCGAAUCGUUUGACACAACUCCCACGGACGAUCGGCCAACUUCAAAAUCUCGUUUAUCUGGCCUCUGGGGAGAAUGACCUUCAGAGCUUGCCGCUUGAAAUAGGUGAUCUACACAAACUGGAAACGCUUUAUUUGAACGACAAUACCAACUUACAUGACUUACCGUUGGAAUUGGCCAGAUGCUGUAGUUUGCAGAUCAUGUCCAUCGAGAAUUGUCCCCUAUCGAAAAUACCCCUUGAGGUGACUGCAGGCGGUCCGUCUUUAGUGAUCCAGUACUUGAGGGUUCAAGGUUCCUUCAGCCAAUUGUGA